GAGGAGUGGAGGUCAUGCUUUGGCAGGGGACCAGCUUUGCUUGGCGCUAGCCUGGCCUGCUGUUCCCUGCCGCAGUGAAGAGUGAGAGUGACCACCCUCUAUUCCGUCCUUCAGGGGUGGAAGAGCAGGAAUCUGGAUGCCAGCACCCAGGACAGGACACACACUGGGCACCUGCCAGUCACUGACUGACUGGAUCGUCUAGGUGGUGGCCACAGAGGGCCAGAGGCAAACAGAGGGAGCAAUGGUUGGUCCUGACGGUGGCUGAGCCCCCAGCCCCUGGAAUAUGCAGCCCGGAGGAGCCCCAGGCAAGGACGCGGUGGCGGAGUGGGGCGGGAGGCAUGGUCUCCACCUACCGGGUGGCCGUGCUGGGGGCGCGAGGUGUGGGCAAGAGUGCCAUCGUGCGCCAAUUCUUAUACAACGAGUUCAGCGAGGUCUGUGUGCCCACCACCGCCCGCCGCCUCUACCUGCCUGCUGUGGUCAUGAACGGCCAUGUGCACGACCUCCAGAUCCUGGACUUCCCACCCAUCAGCGCCUUCCCCGUCAACACACUGCAGGAGUGGGCAGACGCCUGCUGCAGGGGACUCCGGAGCGUCCACGCCUACAUCCUGGUCUAUGACAUCUGCUGCUUUGACAGCUUUGAGUACGUCAAGACUAUCCGUCAGCAGAUCCUGGAGACAAGGGUGAUCGGCACCUCAGAGACGCCCAUCAUCAUUGUGGGCAACAAGCGCGACCUGCAACGCGGACGCGUGAUUCCACGCUGGAACGUGUCGCACUUGGUGCGCAAGACCUGGAAGUGCGGCUACGUGGAGUGCUCCGCCAAGUACAACUGGCACAUCCUGCUGCUCUUCAGUGAGCUGCUCAAGAGUGUGGGCUGCGCCCGCUGCAAACACGUGCACGCCGCCCUGCGCUUCCAGGGCGCCCUGCGCCGCAACCGCUGCGCCAUCAUGUGAUGGCCUC